UUCUCACUUCUCAGUGUUGUAUCUAACCGUUCGCCGGUCGGAUGUGUUGUGUCGUUGAUUGGGCCGGAUUUCGUUCUCAUAUUCGUUUCUUACGUCGUAUUAAAAUUGUUUAAUUAUUGAUUUUUAUUAUCGACUCGCGAUAAUACAUAUACGCUUAUAUGUAGUAUCAGUACGUAGCUUAGCUUCGUAUGGUUACCAUUCAACCGGUUUGUGUGCUCUCUUAAGUGCUAUUCGUUAUAUUUCCAAAUAAUAUGUGUAUUGUUCGAAGUAACAUACUAGUUCGUAUGGUAUUUGUUGUGCCGAUGUGAUGUUAUUGUUGUGAUUAAGUUAGCGGCUUUUGUAUGAUAGACCUUUUAAAGCGUCCUAGCGCGGUUGAAGGUUUUUAUACACAAUUAUCACUUGUUCAGUUCACUUCGAAGUGUAUUGUCGUAUUGUCAAGUGUGCCAAUUUAUUCGAAAUUUUGGUAGAAAUGGUGGCUUUGUAAAAGUAGUUUACAAGUUCGCGAUCAUGAUGAUGAUGUUGUUCGUGAUGAAGAUGAUGACGACGAUGAUGAUGUAACAACUACGCGAAUAAAUACCUGCAAUUGACUGGUCAUAGUUUUGUUAUCGAAGUAUAUCGAAAUAUUAUACUCACCAAAGUUUAUUAUCAGUUCGUAAUCUGGAUUUCUGGAACGAAGGGAUUGAGCAUUUAAAAAUGAAUAACAUGACGUCUACGAAUGGGACAAACGGCGUUCCACCUACGUCGACGAAACCUGUGCCUUAUCAGAAACCGGUACCACCGCCCACGUUGCCCAAAACGUACACUCCGAGUGCGGCGGCCACAUAUCGUUUGGCCAGUCUGGAAAGAUUGACUGCCAACAGGCAAAGGAUGUUGGAUCAGCAGCUGAAUUCGUCUCUGGCUGCUGCAAACGGUGUCACCGAAUCGCAGCCACCUCCUCCGCCGAUACAAUCCAAAAGGGAAUUGUUUUUUAAAAAUGAAUUGCCAUCGUCGACACCUUCAUCAACGACCACUCCGGUGACGACAAACUCAAAUUCGACGACAACGCCAACCAAGCCGGAUAUCUUAAAUGGAAAUGCUUCCAUAAUUACCAAUAACUCGACCUCGCAACCAGCUACCUCAACUCCGAGUAUAUAUAAUAAAGAAAAUUACGCCAAAAAACCAGAAAGAAAUGGUCCAGAUGUUUUAGACAUGAAAGAACGCAUCAACAAAGUGGAUAAAGAAAAAACAACCGUGCCACGAAUUACCAAAGAAUUAGAUGGUUACGUUGGUUUCGCCAAUUUUCCAAAUCAAGUUUAUAGAAAAGCGAUCAAGAAAGGAUUCGAGUUCACGCUGAUGGUAGUCGGCGAAUCGGGUUUAGGAAAAUCUACUCUGAUAAAUUCGUUGUUCCUAUCGGAUGUUUAUAGUGCGGAGUACCUUGGUCCAUCGCAUAGGAUUAAGAAAACUGUACAAGUUGAAACUAGCAGAUGUUUAUUGAAAGAAAACGGCGUUAAUUUAGUAUUAACGAUCGUCGAUACGCCAGGUUUCGGAGACGCGGUCGAUAAUUCGAAUUGCUGGCAGCCGAUCAUCGAUUACAUCGAGUCGAGAUCGGAAGAAUACCUUAAUGCCGAAAGUAGAGUAAACAGAAAACCAAUUUCCGAUACCAGAGUUCAUUGUUGUUUGUAUUUCAUCGCUCCAUCUGGUCAUGGACUUAAACCUCUGGACGUAGAAUUCAUGCAAAGACUGCACGAUAAAGUGAAUAUUAUACCGAUUAUUGCCAAAGCCGAUACCAUGAUUCCGGAAGAAAUCGCCUAUUUUAAGAAACAGAUUUUAAGUGAAAUCGCUCAGCACAAAAUUAAAAUUUACGACUUCCCCGAAUGUAUCAACGAAGAAGAUUUAAAAUUACACAAAAAUCUACGAGAUAGGGUUCCUUUCGCUGUCGUUGGCUCGAAUACGGUGCUAGAAGUGGACGGUAAAAAAGUACGAGGCAGAAAGUAUCCGUGGGGAGUUGCUCAAGUCGAAAAUCUAGAACACUGCGAUUUCAUUGCACUACGAGACAUGAUGAUCAGAACGCAUUUACAAGAUUUAAAAGAUGUCACUAACAAUAUCUUAUACGAAAAUUACAGAUGUCGCAAAUUAGGCGGCUCAGAAAUCGCCAAACAGCAACGUUCGCUCAAUAAUCCAUGCUCUCCUGGAAUUCUUGACAAUACAUUUAUGACCUUUUGGAAUCCUCUGGCUCAAAUGGAGGAAGAAAAACGAGAACAUUCGUUGAAAAUGAAGAAAAUGGAAGCCGAAAUGGAACAAGUUUUCGAAUCUAAGGUUAAAGAAAAGGAACUAAAAAUGAAAGAAUCCGAAACUGAUUUGCAAAGAAGACACGAACAAAUGAAGAAACAACUGGACGCUCAAAUUCGCGAAUUAAAAGAAAAACGACAACAAUUGGAAGCUGAGAAGUUACAAUGGGAACAAGCCAAUGGUGUCAGUUUAGAAGAACUACGGCGUAAAAGUUUAGAAAGAGAUUCGUUAGAUGGCAAAGAGAAAAAGAUAAAGAAGAAAGGAUUAUUCUAAAGUGAUUCCAUGUCCUAACGUGUGUUCGUUGAAAUUUGUACGAUUAAUUUAUACAUACAUAUGUUUUUACUUGCUGAUUUAAAAAUAUUAUAGUGGUAAUUUAAUACGGCGGAAUUUUGCCUCUACAAGGAUUACGGAGAGCCUGAAUAUGCUUCGAAUAUUUUUUCUUUUUGGAAUUUAAAUAUACAGUCGAUAUGUGGACUCGAUAUAUUAUUUUGUAUGCGCUUAUUUUGUGUCGUAUAUGUUUUAGAUGUAUUUUCUAGCCUAUUUUAAGCAAUGUGAAAUUAAGAAAUUAAAUUAAUUUUCUCUUCUU